AUGGCCUCCAAGAUCGUGGUCAUUGGCGAUGUAGACGGCCAAUUCCAGCCCGUCUUCCAGAAAGUAAACGCGCUGCACGCCAAGAACAACUUUGCAUUUGCCCUCAUCGUUGGCAACCUCUUUAACAGCACGCAAAGCUCUAGUGAUGUAGCUGAGCCGAGUGUGCAGUCGCUUGUGGACGGUACAAUCGAGGUUGCGCUGCCGACUUACUUUGUCCUUGGCAGCCAUGCCCUACCACCUGCCGUUGUACAGAAAUUGCAGUCCUCAGACGACGAAUUGUGCCACAAUCUACAUUUUCUGGGCAAGCGGACAACUAUGAAGACUUCAGAGGGGAUUCGCAUCGUUGCACUUGGCGGCCAAAUGGACCCCAACAUCAUUGCUGGCCAAUCCAAAGACAAGUAUCCGCCAUUCUAUGGCGAGACAGAUGCAAAGAUCCUUCGCGGAGCAACAACAGCCGACAUACUCAUUACCAGUGAUUGGCCGGAGGGUAUUCAGAAGCGUUCCAAGGUUGAAGUUGGUGGAGAGGCUUCCCCAUCGACACAACAGUGCAUUGCCGACCUCGACAUAGUUCUCAAGCCAAAGUACCAUUUCUCAGCGUCCGGUGGCUCAUUCUGGGAGCGAGAGCCAUUUUUCCACACACCGAGUGAUGACACCGACAACCUCUAUCCUGUCACUAGGUUCAUCAGCCUAGCUGCAUACGGCAAUCCCAGCAAGCAGAAGUGGAUAUAUGCCUUCUCCUUAGAUCCAGCAGCAAGCAAUCCAGUCGCUCCUCCAUCUGGCUCUACAGUCUGUCCUCUUGUCUUGUCAGAGAAAAAGCGAGCCGCACCGGGGCCACGAGAGCAGGCUUUGGUAUACGACGACGGCAACCAAGGAGGCAGGAGAUCGCACAAACGGCGCAAGGGUGAGCCCCGAGGGCCGUUGACUGCAGCCGAGUGCUUCUUCUGUCUCGCCAACGAGAAUAUUGCAAUACAUUUGGUAACCUCCAUUGGCGACAGCUCAUACGUGACCACAGCGAGAGGGCCCCUAUCAACAUCACAGACCUAUCCGAAGCUCGGCUUCCCAUGUCAUAUGCUCAUCAUUCCUUUCUCACACCAACCGACACUCGCUGCGAUGGAAGAGGAGGAACGUCUUGCCACCUACGCAGAGAUGCAGAAAUACCGAGUGGCUAUGAACAGCAUGUUAAAUUCAGUUGCUGGCGAAGAGUACGGCUCUGUGGCGUGGGAGGUGAGCAAGUCGAGUCUGCCACACACGCACUGGCAAUACCUUCCGGUACCAGCAGAUCUCAUACGCAAGGGUCUGGUCGAAGCUGCCUUCAAAGCAUUGGCCGAGAAUCUGCAUUGGCCGGCUUUCACAAAGGAAGAUGUCGGCGAUGGGUUUGAGGAGACGAGCGAUUUUUUUAGGGUUCUGGUAUGGGAUCCGAAGAACGACCCUGCGAAGCAGUCGAGUCUGGUCAUGCGCUUUGACGAGAAGAUCCGCUUUCACAACCAGUUUGGUCGAGAGGUGCUGGCGAAGCUCCUAAGGCUUGACAAGAGAAUCGAUUGGAAAGACUGUGGCCAAACACAGCCAGAGGAAGAGAAGGAUGUGGAAAUGUUCAAGGAAGCCUUCAAGAGCUUCGACUUCGCCGCGGAGUAG